GAUGACUGCUUGUAACAGCUUUUAAAAUGAAAUCAAAUGCUAAAACAUUAUUUUUUAAACAUAAUUUAUUACACAUAAUACAAACAACAGUCCAGAAUCCAUAUAUUUUCCCCCAUAGAUAGAAUUUGACAAAAACCAACAAUAAAAAAUACAAAACAAGACAAAAAAGGGGGAGAAAUAAAAAAACAAGACAACAUUAAAUACAGCAGCACAUGGGUCACACCUAAUAAUGUCAGUCUUUUACAAAACUAUGCCACAAUGUCGUUAAUCUGAGGAAAGCAAGAGUAGUUCCGCAGUUAGAGACAAGUGGUGAAUAUAAACCUAUUGCACCUAUUCACAUUUGUGCUGGGUUCCGCUUGUACCCUGAAGGCGCCAGUUGUUGCAGACUCAUUUUUUGCGUUUUAUUUUUUAAAGCUAUACAAUAAAGGCUUUUUUAAUGUUUUAAUUUUAGGCUACUUUCCCCCUGGAGAUCUACAGGGAGAACAGCAGCUUCACCAGUUACUCAGAAUGAAAUGCCCACGUUAGGGCAGAAGCGAAACAAAUUUUCAUUUUGUACCGAAUGUGUUUAGAGCCGAAUAUUCCUGUUUAUUAUCCAAAUAACUAUCUGUACGAACUUUUUUUAAGCCAAUGUAGCAUAUGCGUUUAAUUCUAUUCCGUGCAAUUAAUUCGCUAAACGCACGCCAGAAAUCAUGUCAUUGUGGGUUCUAGUUAUGAGUGGCUUUAAUGCAAUUUAUCUGCGAUCUUACUCAGCUCAAGAAUGUGUUAGCUAAUUAACGAAUUGUGUUCGGUCACACUGCCUGACGAUGCAUGGACGACUUCAAGAUUUACCCCCACAAAGCAUCGCAAGACAGGUCACUUGUGCACUUUAUACGACGAACCACCAUUUAUUUUUGGAUUAGAACAAAGAAAGUAAACUAACGUUACAUAAACGCAUGUUAGGCUACUGGUGCCGGUAUUAGUAAAAGUUAGUGCAGGAACAGCGGUUUUGCCAUUAAUUGAUGCAGUUUUUCUGCAACUGUAAUGAGUCGGGAAAUCCAGUUUAUUCAACUCUGUAGUCAUCGUUACCCAGUUUACGUUUGAAAGUUAAUGUGUAGGCUAGCCUAGACUAAACAUUAAAUCUCAGAAACAAGCUGAAUUUAAAUCUGCAAACAUUUAAUGACUGUCAAUGUAGUAGGCUAAACUUGCAGUUGUCAGCGUUAGCAAACAGGUUAAAGACGGGUCACUAUCCACGCGCGUAAAUUUCACACUAUUUUGGAAUAUCCGGUCAUGUUAGCUAAAAAGAUCUAAAAAAUUGGGGACAGUUGCUUUAGCGAAGGUUGACGCUAGUCAGUUUGCCUUUUUCUUUCCAGGACUGUGAAUUAGUCGCGAUCGCUGUAGUUCUGGUGAUUUCAAACCAUGCGAAAUUAAAAACGGCCAGAAAAUAACGUUACCAAGUGUGCUAAAUUAGAACAAAUUCAACGCGAGUUGUUGCGGUAGGUGCUACACAAUCACUUCACUAAUCGUUGCACUCAACAAUGCGUAGCUACAGUAUCGGAACUUGGCAACAUGCAAGUGUGGCGCUCUCGCACACUUUUCAUCAGGUCAGGUAGCUUGAACUACAGAGCGAAUACUGCGCAGCCAUCUUGAAACACAAAUGCAAAAACCACUAAAACAAUCAAUUUGAUUUAAACUGUUAACUGCUCAAUAGCGGGGUUACACACUCGAAAUAAUGAAAUCCAGUCAAGCAUAGUAGGGUACGAUGCACAGAAUUGGGAUCACAUAGAGGUCUGCAGUUAAAUCGACAUUUACGCAUUUCCCACUAGUCCCCUUGCUGGAAGUACUGUCUGUCUCCGUGCCUUUACCCUCAGUAAUGACAGUAGCGGCCAUUUGUCCCGCACUUUAAAUCUACAAAUAACCAAUCAGAACAGUCCGGAAUCCCUGUGCUGGUGACGUUAUACCCUUUUCUCGCAUGCGCGGUGUCUAAUGUGAGCCCCCCUCGGUUCGUAACAGAGUAAAGAUGGCGGCGGGCUCUGAUCUACUAGAUGAGGUUUUCUUUAACACAGAGGUGGACGAGAAAGUAGUUAGCGAUCUUGUAGGGUCCCUUGAGUCUGAGCUUACUGGCUCGGGUCACGGGAACUCAGAAGUAAGGGUCCAGGCGGUGUCUAACCACAUUGCCAACCCCGGAAUAGGAGGUAAUUCCAAUGUCCAAGAAAGCAAAAUGGGACUUGCACAACAGCUUGCUAAAGCAGGGACUGGAGUGCAAGGGGGUGUUAUUAAUAAUAACAGAUCCCAGGGUUCAGCUAUGGAUGCAGCAACAGGAAUCACAUCGCCGGCUGGGUCAGAGACAUCAGUGGGGCCCAGCCAAGGCAAGACAGUUGCCGUCAGUGCCAUGGUAACUACUGUGCCUAACCACGAUGUGGGCAAUGGAAAAGUCGGGACCUCUGUUGUGCAAACUUUGAAUGGAAGUAAUGUGGUAAUAAACUCUCACAAUUCAGGAAGUGUCGCCGCAUUCACAGGGACACCAUCAAGUACAACUAGUGCUGGUAGCUGCAGUAACACUGUACCUGCUGUCACAGUUGUAAACAACGGACCAGGAUCCGUUGUAAAAGAAAAUUUAAACGUUGUUUUGCCUCCACCCUCAAGUACUGUCAUCCAGACCCCUUUAAUGAAUGCACAGAACAUUGUUACUUCGACAGUGAUCUCGUCGACAAACAUGAGCAGUGGACCUACCGUUACACUUGUGAGGCCGCCUAUGCAAUCACCAGGACUGGGUGCUACGCAAAAUGGGAGUAAUAAUACAGUUUUAGCGUCCACCGCCAAUGUAGCGAACCUGAGUACUACUGUUGCAUCGGGGAUUCCUUUACAGACUCCGGUAAUCAAGUCAGAGUCGCCUAAAACUAUCGUACAAGCCACACCUCAGACUGUAGCAACAGGUGUUGCAAAUGCAGGUAACGUUAAUCUUUGCCAGACCAUGCAAAGUGUUCUGCAUUCAGCGACAAGUGUUUCAACAACAGGAGCAAUAGGGAAAAACACAGUUUUGCAAAAUGUAACAAGGACUUCCACUGCAGCAACAGUUGCUGCCACUCCUGGCGGGAUACGAGCCAUCGCACCACAGGUGUUAGCUCCAAGACUCCCCCAUACUUCCCAGAGUCAGCCAAACAUCCAGAACAUUCAACUUCCUCCAGGUAUGGUUCUGGUGCGUAGCGACAGCGGCCAGCUGCUCAUGAUCCACCAGCAGACGCUGGCCCAGAUGCAAGCGCAGUCGCAGUCCCAGGGUUCUAUGGCUCCUCGACCGGCCACGCCCACCAGCAGCUCCCCAGUCCAGCUUACCUCAGUCCAGGCACCAGGGACUUCCAUCCUCACUCGUCAGGUGACGCCCACAACCAUAAUCAAACAGGCCACGCCCACCCAAAGCACCGUGCAGACCACCACCACCCUGCAGAGGCCUCCGGUUUUGCAGAAUCCCAUCAUGCUCAGCGGGUCACCUGCCACCACCUCUGUUGGAACGGCCUCUCCGGUGCAACCGGGUGCGACUCAGAGAACGGUUACGGGGACGCCCGGGGCCCCGGCAGCCACGGCAACGGAAACCUUGGAAAAUGUGAAGAAGUGCAAGAACUUCCUGUCCACGCUCAUCAAGCUGGCCUCCAGUGGGAAGCAGUCAUCGGAGACGGCGGCUAACGUGAAGGAGCUGGUGAAGAACCUCCUGGAAGGGAAGCUGGAAGCUGAAGAUUUCACCAGCAUGCUCUACCGAGAGCUCAAUUCCUCACCUCAGCCAUACCUUGUGCCUUUCCUGAAGAGGAGUCUCCCGGCCCUGCGGCAGCUCACCCCGGACUCGGCCGCCUUCAUCCAGCAGAGCCAGUUUCCGCAGCCCAGCGUCCAGCCCGCCACCACUGCACUGACCGCCGUGGUGCUGAGCAGCCCCACGCAGCGCGCCGCCGGCAAGGCCUCCGCCACCGUCACCAGCACCGUCCACCAGCCCGUCAUCAGCCUGACGCAGCCCGGCCAGGGCAAAGCCGGCCAGCCGGCAUCGCUGAUCCUCCAGCAGUCACAGCAGCAGGGGGCCGUGGUGCGCCCGCCCCAGGUGACCCUGGCCCAGAUGCCCAUGGUCACUCUCCGCCAGCCCCACAGCCGGCCGAUGCUGAGCCAGCCGCAGGUGGUCAAGCAUCUCCAGACAGUCCCGCUGAUGAAGCAAGGCAUCCUUCCAGGAGCCAAAAUGGUACCUGGUGUUCAGUCCCAGGCCCUUUUAGCCCAGAAGAACAAACUCAAAGAGGCAGCUGGAGGUUCCUUCAGGGACGAUGACGACAUCAACGACGUGGCCUCCAUGGCCGGGGUGAACCUGUCGGAGGAGAGCGCCCGCAUCCUGGCCACCAACUCGGAGCUGGUGGGCACGGUGACCCGCUCCUGCAAGGACGAGGCCUUCCUCUACACGCCCUCCCUGCACAGACGGGUGAUGGACAUCGGUAAAGAGUACGGGAUAACUGAGCUGGGCCCAGAUGUGAUCAACUUUGUCUCUCAUGCUACACAGCAGAGGCUGCAGAAUCUUCUAGAGAAAGUGUCGGAGGCCGCCCAACAGAAGAAUUGCCCCUUUAAGGAGGACGACCGGUACGAGCAGGUCAGCGACGUGCGCUCGCAGCUCAAGUUCUUUGAGCAGCUGGACCAGAUGGAGAAGCAGAGGAAAGAGGAGCAGGAGAGGGAGAUACUGAUGAAAGCAGCGAAGUCUCGAUCACGGCAAGAGGACCCAGAGCAGCUGCGACUGAAACAGAAGGCCAAAGAGAUGCAGCAGCAGGAGCUUGCUCAGAUGAGGCAGCGAGACGCCAACCUCACAGCGCUGGCAGCCAUCGGGCCCAGGAAGAAGCGGAAACUGGACUCUCCCGGGAGUGCGGUCGGGGCCGAGGGUUCGGGGUCCAACUCGUCUGCCACGGGGGGCUCAGGCUCGGGAGCGUCGAGGCAGUUCACCCGCCAGCGCAUCACUCGCGUCAAUCUCAGGGACCUGCUCUUCUGCCUGGAGAACGAGCGGGAGACCAGCCACUCACACCUGCUAUACCGCGGCUUCCUCAAAUAGUGCCCCCUACUGGUGGCCACCGAGACUCUUGGCAGAGAACAGGACUUUUAUUAUGAUUAUUUUACAUUUUCAUUCUUAUAUAUAUUUAUCACGCACGCAAACACACAGCACAGGUCAAAAGUAUUGAGCCACCUGCGGUUUUUUUUUAAAGAAUUCAGUUAAUAUAUGUGCAUUUAUUCAAUAACGAAUCAACGUUUUUAUUAAUUUAUUUUUUCUCAGUUUCUACCCACAAUAACACAAAGUUGAGUUUUACUUCAAUACUGUAAUCUUGGACACGACUUUCCUUAAAAUUGGUUUAAUGGUCAAUGAAAUUAUCGGAAGUCUAUCCAAUCCUUUUGCAAAGUGGGAGGUGGAGGGAUAAUUAAAUUGAGUGAAAUCUUAUCUACCUGAAGUUUUUUUUUAAACUACAGGUAGCCUAAUGCCUCUAACCUGCAGUGCAAGUAACUUAGGCACUGAAGUUGCAAGAAAUAUGGCAAAGGAGUUGGGCUUAGAAGUGCUGUUGUCUUUUAAGUAAAAUUAAUCUUUUUGUGUUAUUGUAGGUAGAAAUAAAAAAUAAAAAAGUUUAUACUUUGGUUUGUUAUUCAAUAAAUGUACACAUAUUAAUUGAAUGUGCAACCUGAAGUUUUUACAUUUUUUUAUUUCUUAAAAUAAAAACCACAAGUGGCCUAAUACUUUUGGCCUGUAUUGUAUGUGUGUGUGCAUGUAUGUACAUAUAUAUAUUCAUAUAUAUAUGAAUAUAUAUGCAUACAUAUAAAAAUUCUGAGAACUUUUUAGAGCCAUUUUGUAACAUGCAAAUGAACAACUGUAAAAAUGACAGUCGUAACUUAAAAAGUCAUGUUUAUGUUUCUAUAAAAGCUAAUUUGAAAGUAAGACAAGUCUCCAUAAGACAUAGAUCUUAUUAUUCAUUGGUUAUUUUAUUACCAUUAUUAUGGCCUGUGGAUUGUUUUAACUGGACAGUUUUGAGUUCCAUUUAGUGAGUUGCCUUCUUGCCAAUAUAAGCCAUAUAUGUGUUUGUAUCUGACCUUUCAAGGCUAAGCAAUUAAUCAAGCAGUUGGCUUUUUUUAGUCAGAUGUAGCAAUUGUUCUUGUUCUCCAAUUAGUUUACUAGUUUUUUUUUUGUUCAUAAAUCUGUCGUUAUAUUUUUUUAUUGUAUUUCCCAUGAAUCAGUUUUAAUUAUUUAUCUCAGUUUAACGUUCUCUUUAUUAAGGAGGUUAUAUAUAUAUACACUCACCAAUUUUAAAUAUAUGUAUUUAUAUGUAAUCUCUUUCGCUACUAGCAGUUUAUUGCAUGGAUUAGGCCUCCUACGUCUAAUAAAUGUCCAUUUUUGAAUGUUCAAUGAAGAAAAAGAAAGCACCAAUAUCCCUUUAGACAAAAAAAAACAAACAAAAAAAACAUUUAUUUCCUAAUAGUUUUGAAGCAUUAUUUCUGCAGACCUACUUUAAUUGCACUGUUUUGAUUGGAAAAAAAGAUAAAAAAUCUAAAGAUAAUGUCUUUGAGAAAAAAUGUUUCAGCUGAAGAUCAAGAGUAGUUUGUGGAAACGAUGUAAUGCUGUGUAACCUGGGCACAUACUCGUGAAAUUGCCGGUAAAGGACUGCAUCCAACGACAGAUCUGCUCUCAUUUAGACAAUAAGACAGAGGGGAAACCCCAAUUUCUACCUAUUUUUUUAAUGAAUAUACUAUUGAAUUGGUUCUUUAUAUUUUUUGCAACACUGUAUGAAAAUUGUCAAAGAUAGUACUUUUAUGAUUUGUACAUACUUUUGUUUGCCCCUUAUAAUGGUUGUUUGAUAGAUCUUCACUGAACAGAUCUGUUUGACUAUUCAAUGGAAAGAGCCUCUAACCUUCUGUUUCUCAGUGUUUUUACCGCUGUCUGGUGGCUGUUACACACCUUCCCCAUUCCUCUUUUACAGAGAAAAACGAAUGCAAGAAAACUAGAGGCCUAUGGUUCCCUCUUUUCUUGUAAAUUUUGCACAGUCGUUUGUUUAUAUGUAAAUAUUUUACCUAAGAAAAGUUUUUAAUUGCUAUUGUUUUAUAGAGGAUUGAAAGAGAAUUAACUCCUUCAUUAAAAAUGAAGAAAAUAAACCUU